AAAGGGCUUAUAUUAGAGAGAGGCAUAAUUAACUAUAUUCGAGUAUUUUGUCAACGAUCUUUUCCUUCUCAUCAUGGACCACACCAUGAGUAUAUUAAUUCGACUUUGCCAUUAGUGAGAAGGUAUGGGGAGGGAGAUAGAGAGAAAAGCCAAGAUUG